AUCCAACCCACAACGAACAAACGUUCCGUCUUACCAGACACCCCACGAUCUUUUCAUAAUGCGUUCUUUCAACUCCCUCACCGUCCUCUGCACCAUUGCUUUCUCUUUUACCUCUGCUGCACCACUCAGCAGCCGUCAGUCUUCUGCCGUGUCCGGUGUAGUUAACGAAGUUAACGGACUUCUGGGCGAAGUCCCAGGUACCAGCGCCGUUGAAAAACUUCUCGGAGAUUUUGGCCUCCGUCAGCUCCCUAACAUCGCUGACCCCGAGGCAAUCAUCAGCGAGGUCACUGGUCUCGUUUCUGAUCUCGGUGUCCGUCAGCUCCCUAAUAUCGCUGACCCUGAGGCGAUCAUCACCGAAGUCACUGGUCUCGUUUCUGACCUCGGUGUCCGUAGCACCCCUGCAUCUGUCGCUGUCGUCUUCACUCAAGUUUUCACCACUUUGACCCCUUACGUUGAGAAACUUCAAUUCAUCAACGCUCAAAACGCCACCGUCGCUGACAUCACCCCUGUCGUUGCUCAAAUCAAGACUACUCUCACUGGUGCUGUUACUCAAAUUCAGCAACUCAAGGGUCAACCUGCUUCCGUUAUUCUGGCUGGCGUCAACGGCGCUACCUCUAUUUCUGUCGCUGACCUUGCUAAGAUCCUUGCUGCUGACCUCUGCAUUCUCUUCACGGCCGUCGGCGCUGUUUUGAAGGUUGUUUCUACUGAUGCCCAUGCUGCCGUUGCUUCCCUCCUAGUUGAGGUUGCCACCGUCAUCGGCACUCUCUUGCAAGCUGUCUGUGCUGUCGUCACCGGCCUCGCUGCAGCUGUUUUGCCUCUUCUUACCACCUCGGUCCAGACCGUCAUCAAGGACCUUGGUGUCAGCGUUCUUGUUGCCGUUCUUGGCAUCACCGCUUAAUUUAUGUACUUAAGCAUUAUCCCUGUUUGCUAUACCCUGCGGAUGACUGUGUCAUGUCUGUACUAGAGUAUCAUGGAUGUUGACAUACCAUAGCAUUCUAUUAACACCACCUUUCUGAACAUCCAAUUGUGUAUCAUGUCAUGUGUGUUUCUCUUGAGCUCUACGAAUUAGGAGGAAUAUCCCUUGAUGUAUCUGAAAGCGACAUGUAAUGGAAAUUCAAUCAGUUGCAAUAGUUAUGCAGGCUUGUGUUAUGUGACGCAAAGUUGAUUAGAAUGCAUAUGGUUCCUUG